GCAAGUAGACUCUGUUUGGCUCUUAUCUCUCUAUGCCUCCUCUUUUCAGUUCUUCAUAACUCAUCUCUCUCUCUCUCUCUCUCUCUCUCUUUGUGUACAAGAAUUAAUAUGGAAGUUGAGUUGAUGAAACCAUCAACACUAGAUCAAACUGAGAUGAUGAAAAUGAUGACGCAGCCAGACAUGCUUCCUCAACUUUCUCUACCUCAAACCAACACGUCCGAAUUGCCGGAAAUCAAAUUCUACGGCCAAAACGCCGCCGCCGUCAAUCGAACCACAGAAAAAACACCUGUCUUCCACAACCCAUUUCUCACUUCAACCACAUCCACAAAUCCUCCCUCCUCCAUGCCGUUCCUAAGCACCGCAUUUCAAGAACCAAUGACACCACCUUUAUCAAGUACGAGUUUCAGAAGUGACUCAACCAUUAGGUCACUCAGCCCGCCUACCAUCACCAGCCAAAAAUAUUUUGAAACACUAUCUCAAACAAUGGGCUCCAAUUUCCGAAAAGCUCAGAAAAAUAUGCUCAUUUGGCCUGAGGCCUCAGAAAACCUUGUGCCGCUACUGAUCGAUCCGCUACACGAGAGAAACUCGAUAGGAUCGAUGAGAGAGAUGGUUUUCCGGAUGGCUGUGAUGCAGCCAAUUCAGAUGGACCCGGAGUCGGUGAAGCCGGUGAAGCGGAGGAACGUGAAGAUAUCGAGGGACCCACAGAGCGUAGUGGCGAGGCACCGGAGGGAGAAGAUUAGCGAGAGGAUUAGGAUUUUGCAGAGACUUGUACCUGGGGGGACCAAAAUGGACACGGCUUGUAUGUUGGAUGAGGCCAUUCACUAUGUGAAGUUUUUGAAGAAGCAAGUGCAAUCGUUGGAACAAAUAGGGGUAAAUGUGUCAUUUGACGGUGUUGGGUUAAUUCCAAAAAGGGCAAUGCUGGCGGAUGUGAAUUAUAUUCGUCAUUGGUGAAAGCCUUGCCGGGUAACUCGAAUGGUGGGCUCUACUCAAAUGCUUGAAGUGUGUGUGAGAGAGAGAUGUUUUGUGUGGAAGAAACUAUGCAUUCUACAUGAUUACGAGGAAUUGUAAAGAAAAGGGUUUUAUUAAAUGUCUUCAAAAAGAUAAUU